AUGGCGCUCCCCAAGCAAGUCCCUCACCUUAUGACGCUCGCCGACCUGAGCGUGCCGCAGAUCAAACGCAUCCUCACGCACUCACAUUCCCUCAAACGGCGCUCCGAGCCCUGGAUGACGCCCAUGUACCCGGGGAUGAAGCGCAAGAACCUGCGCCUGCCCACGCCGUCGCUGUUCGGCAAGACCGUCGCGCUGCUCUUCUCCAAGCGCAGCACGCGUACCCGCCUCGCGGCUGAGACGAGCGCGUCGUUGCUGGGCGGCAACGCGCUGUUCCUGGGACAAGAAGAUAUACAGCUGGGUGUGAAUGAGACGCCGAGGGAUACGGCGAGGGUGAUUGGGGGGAUGUGCCAGGGCAUAUUCGCGCGUGUGGGCGAGCACGAGGAGGUUGAGGAGCUGGCCAAGUACUCGCCCGUCCCGGUACUCAACGCGCUCUCGUCGCUCUGGCACCCGACCCAGGUCCUCGCCGACAUCCUCACCUUGCACGAGCACGCGCACCUCUUUCACGCCAUGUCGGCCCUCUCCGACUCCCCCUCCGCCCCCACCAAACCCUCAAAACCAGGGAAAGGCCUCCCCGACCUGCCACCGCUGACGAUCGCGUACGUCGGCGACUCGGCGAACGUCUUGCACGACAUGCUCGUCACCUACCCGCGCCUCGGCCACAAGCUCCGUGUCGCGAGCCCGCCGGCGUACCGCGCCCCCAAGCCCGUGUGGGAUCGCGUCGUGCAGCUGGGCUGUGAGGAGGGGAUAUGGUGGGGCGAGGAUCCGAAGGAGGCGGUUGAUGGCGCGGAGGUGGUCGUUACGGAUACUUGGAUCUCAAUGGGUCAAGAAUCCGAAAAAGCCGAGCGUCUACGCGCCUUCUCUGGCUACCAAGUCACCGAAGAGCUCUGCCGCGCCGGGCACGCGCAUCCCGACUGGAAGUUCUUGCAUUGUUUGCCGAGGAAGGGGGAUGAGGUGGACGAUGAGGUGUUCUACGGCCCGCGCUCGCUCGUGUUCCAAGAGGCGGAUAAUAGGAAGUGGACGAUCAUGGCGUUGUUUGACAUGCUGUACGGCAGGUGGGACCUGUCGGUGCCCGAGGCGGAGGGGCAAGAUUAG